AAUAAAGUGUUGGCAACAUUGUGGAUUUGCCUGCGCUGUUGUUGGGAAGUUUUCGAGCCAUUGCUAUUGUCGUAAGAGCAAGUAUUUGGGUGCUAUAGCAGGAAAAACUAAUAAGAAUUGAACAUUACUAGUUUACGUGGAUCUGUUAGUGGCUAAAUUAGUGCGCUCUUUGACGCCCCCAGAAGUAAAAUCAAUAACCUUUGGUACGGGUCAACAAUAACAACAACAAUCAUUGGAAAUUCUGCUAUCAAAAGUUUGUUUAGCCAAAUCAGCGGUGCAGACACGUCGCUCCCAAACCAUCCCGUCACUUUAAACGCUGAGCUUGGUAUUGUUUUGCACAAUUUCUGAGUGCAUCAAUCUUAAUUGAAUUGAAUUGUACCUGAAUGCAUGUACAUAUGAACAUAUACAAUUCUUAUACAUAACUCUUAACGUCAAGCAGUGUGUAUGUGGCUACAGCAAACAAUAUCAACUUUAAACAAUUGAUUUGUCGUAAAAGAAACACAACGCACAACACACGUGUAGGACACAAUAUUGAGGUGUACAAACGACGACGUGUGGAGGGAAAACAAUUGUGUUUGUUAGUGUCAGGAUAUUUGCUAAUCACACUUUUACUUGUAUGAACUGUUAGUUGGCUAUUAUUGUGGUUAAACGAAAGCAACAGCAUGUCGAUUGCGCCAGUGAUAAUUGAGGCAACCGCCAAACAUACGUCAACCCUCAUCUUCAUGCACGGCUUAGGUGACACUGGCCAUGGAUGGAGUUCAGCGUUGGCGACAAUACGUCCGCCCAGCAUGAAAGUAAUCUGUCCAACAGCACCCACAAUGCCGGUGUCACUGAAUGCCGGCUUUCGUAUGCCUUCUUGGUUUGAUUUACGUACGCUCGAUAUAUCGGGUCCCGAAGAUGAGGAGGGCAUCAAAAGUGCUGCUCAAAAUAUAAAAAGUAUGAUUGAUGACGAAGUCACCAAAGGUAUAGCAUCGAAUCGUAUUGUGCUGGGUGGUUUCUCACAGGGUGGUGCAUUAGCAUUGUACACAGCGCUAACAUACAAUCAACCGCUGGCUGGUGUUGUAGCGCUAUCCUGUUGGUUACCAUUGCACAAGCAAUUUCCAGGCAUAAAAACCAACUCCGACGAAAUACCAGUUUUUCAGGCACAUGGUGACUUCGAUCCUGUUGUACCAUACAAGUUUGGUCAAUUAAGCGCUAGUUUAUUAAAGACAUUUAUGAAGAAAGUUACAUUUAAGACAUACAAUGGGCUAUCACAUUCCUCAUCGGAUGACGAAAUGGAUGAUGUGCGGGAUGUACUGGCCUCUUGGAGUGGUGACAGUAGAAAAAGUGAUACUUCAACGGUGGAUGUUAGCGGAAAUGCCACAGCUCAAUGCUGUCUAAUAUCAUAGUAGCAAAUCUGUGAUUUUCUUUGAAGAUUUAUGUGAUGAUAAUGUUGAUGAUGAGUAUGAGGCACAAACAAAAACACAUUUUUAUUAAUGCAACAAAACUGCAACUCGUAAACUCAUAAACAUGAAACUAA